CACACACAGGGCAAUGUCCUAACAAAUAAUCUCACCCGCAAAAACACUUCGACAAGUCAAAAUGGAGGACGGGGAAACUUCAGCUGCCAUUCAUGAUGGUUCAUAUAACAAACUGAUUUAUCAAGAGGACGAUGAGCCCACUCUCUACUCAAAUCAAGAGAAGCAAGUGUCCAUGUCCAUGGUGAGACCAGAAUCCAGUUGGAAUCAUUACAAAGUGCUUACAGUAAGCCUGGCACUGCUUGCGGCCAUGUUACUAGCAGUUGAUAUUGGCCUGGGAGUCUAUUAUAGCAAACUUACUGAUGGGCAGCACAUAACGGACAUCAGCAAUGAGGUGGCCAAACUGCAGGCUACUUACAGCGAUGCAAUCCACAGCAGGGAUGAAGCUAAGAAACAGUUGGCAAGUGAAAUCAAGCAGCAGGAAUUUACCCAGUGGGAGAUUGAACACGAGAAUAAAAGAAGCAAAUCCUUUGAAAAGCUGAGUGACAAAUUGCAACUGGAAAUUGCAGUGCUGAAGUCCCACAUCGCAAUGAUUAAGGAGGGCUGCAGACGCUGUUUACCUGGAUGGACUUUGAUAAACUCCUUGUGUUACUACUUCGCUUUCCUUGACACUUUGACACGUAGAUCAUGGCAGCAAGCCAGACAGUUCUGCACAAAUCAAGGAGGUGACUUGGCAGUGAUAGACAACAGAGAGACACACCUGGCAAUAAGUGAAUUGAUAAAUCACUAUCAAGACCAAGGGAUAGAAAUAAGCAUCAGAGGCUUCUGGAUUGGACUAACAGAUGUGGAGCAGGAAGGGAUUUGGAAAUGGCUGGAUGGAAGAACACUGAAUGAGGGGUUCUGGAAUAAUGGAGAGCCCAACAACAUUGGUAAUGAGGACUGUGCAGCUGCAUAUCCCAGAAGCAACCCUUUGUUGUCCUGGAAUGAUGCUCCAUGCAAUUACGAACUGAAAUGGAUUUGCCAAAUGGCACCAAGGUCUUCUUCUGAAAGCUAAAUGUAAUUUUAAUCAGAUUUAUUUUUAAAUGAAUUGUUUGAACAAAAAAUGAACUCCGCCUUGGAGACUUUUACACAUCUUCUGAUUCUUUUUAUUGUCAUGUCAAUAUUGUCAAUGGCAAAGAAGGUCAUAUAUGAAAAUACAUCCGCUUUAUGAAAUGAACUUUAAAUAUAAGUUAACCAUUUUACUGUAAUAAAUACUGAUAUUAGCUUUACUAUGUACAAAUGAAUUACUACUAUAUAGAUCUGUAUACUUGGUAACCAAUUUAUCAAGAAAACACAUACAGUCACAUAAACUAUACAUUCCGUCCUAUGUUGCGUGCCAAAGCAGCAUUAAGAGUGUCAGUAAGCAUGGAGUUAAGUUAAGCUUGCAAAUGUCACAGACAUUUAUUAUUACAAAACCAGUAAGUGUUAACCUAACCACUUGAGCUAAUUAUUAAACUUCUGUCUUGUUGGCCUUUUCUUGUAAAAAAAAACAUGACCAGAGAUUGUGUAAUAAAAACGCAAAGCUUGUGGAUCAGAGGGAUCAAAGAAGAACGGCCAGAAAAGUGCAAAUGAACAGAUAUGCCAUAACAAGGUCAGUAAAAUCAAAAUCAAUGCUGGUGUUCAGAAUGUUUCCAAAGCGAUACAAGAACACACUCUAGGUGUACCUAAUACACUGGCACUGUAGUAUAUACGGACCAUUUGAUAUAUUAACACAACCCCAAACUAAUGCCCAUUUGUAGAUUUCCAUGUCUGACUAAUCUGCUACUGACCGUCUUGUUCUGAAGCCUGAUAGCUACCACGACAGUCAAUCUCUUGUCUUUGACCACUAGAUUAUUUAAACAACACCUUGCUUCCUAAGCACGCUGCUUGGACGCUCACAGCACUGCAAAGUGCUGCCGAAGUUGCUUAAGAAGCUGUUGAGUGUCGACAUGCUCCGGAAAGCAGUCCUCAGACUUUUGGGCGGCAGUAAAGCUGCUAUGAAGGUCUCCAAUCUGGAAGUAGACAAAAACAUCACUCUGGCUGACUGUAUCGUGGAGAUUAUACUUUGUCUCUUUAACUAUUGCAUUUUGAUGUUCAGAUGAAUUAAAUAGUAAUAAAUUACCUUUUCAGAGAGAAUGGAGAGAUUGAAGUGUGGCUCAUACAUGUGGGGGGCCAGUGAUGCAGCAGUCUGCAGGAAGGCUUUUGACUAGCGCAAAGAUAGGACAACCAUUAAUAUUGUUGACAUUAUAAUAUUUGAGUUAUUAUCAUGAUCUGAGUAGGAUAUGGAAAUCUGAAAUAAACGUGUGCACUGCC